GCUUUUCCGGGUUACGAUUCCCUGUAGCUGCUGAAGUUAAUUUGGAAUAGCAAUGACUGAUGCCUCGGUGUCGUCCCUCAGCGUAUCGGAAAUCAAAGAUCCGGUGGUCGUGUUCGAGCGCUACAACACCGAUGACAUCCGCUGCAUCGAGCGCAAAGUCCGCGGGGAGAUUGAGCAAAAGAAGGAGGAAUUGAGGCAGAUGGUAGGUGAACGCUACCGCGACCUGAUUGACGCCGCAGACACCAUCGGGGAGAUGAGGCAAAGCUCGGGAAGUGUUGUCCAGUCCAUCCAGGACAUGUACCAGUACUGCAACCAGUUGAAACAGGGCAAAACCCGUGUGACCACUCACACUGCGGAGAGUCAGCAGCAGGACAAGUUUUACACUAUGGCCUCUCAGAUCAAACUCCUUUUGGAGAUACCCGAGCGCAUCUGGAGUGCCGUGGAGGCCUCCCAGUACCUUCAGGCAACUCGUCUCUACCUGUUGUGCUGCCGUCUGCACAGUCUCCUUCAAUUGGAAGCUGCUACAGGAGGUCUCUACAGUCCUGCCCUCGCUCGCUUCCCCAUCCUUGUCCGACAAGUAGCCACAACGGGUCACUUCAGGUCAACCAUUCUUUUAGACAGCAGGUCUCUGCUGCGGGGUCGUGCGGUGUCAGACCAGGCCAUUGCGGAGGCCCUACUGUCCAUGAUGCUGCUGGAGGACAGCUCCCCGCGCCAGGCGCUUGCUGAUUUCUUGUUAGCACGAAAGGCGUCUAUUCAUCAGUUGCUCAAUCAGCCACAACAUGGUGCUGGUAUCAAAGCCCAAGUGUGUAGCCUCGUGGAACUUCUGGUGACCACUUUAUUUCAAGCUUAUGCUGUUUUCUACAUGCACCAUGAGGGAGGAGGAGGCAGGCCAGGGGAAUCGACUCUUAGCUGUGGCCUGCUCUUUUCCAUUCUGGAAAAUGUCACCGCGACCACACCUGCGGCGAAGGACAAAAAUGUGCUUCAAGAAGACGCUAGUACAGGCAGCUGGUUCAAGUACCUGCCCCCUUCCGUCACAGAGUUCCAACCUACACUUCGUACCCUGGCAAAGCCCAUCCAGAGAGAGCAGUUGCGGGACACCUUACAACAGUGGAUUGAUACGUGUAAGGAGGACAUCUGUCAUGGUGUUGGCAGCCUUCUGGUGUAUGUAAAGAGCCUGAAGGGACUGGCAGCCAUUAGAGACGCUGUUUGGGACCUCCUUUCUGCUGACUCCAUCAGUCAGCACUGGAACACAGUGUGUCAGCGGCUGCUGGAGCGCCGUCUGGCCAUCUGGAAUGACUUCCUGCAACAGCUCUUCCUUCAACGCUUACAGGCUAUAACCAAAGAAGAAACUAAAGCCAUCUCAGUGAGCUCAGUGCAGCUCCUCACAUCCACUGUGAAGGAUCUUGCAGGACAGACUGCAAAUAGCCGGGAAGCGCAGUAUGAAUGUGACGUGUCUGCCUAUAUGUGGACAGAGUCUCCAGGAGAUCUGCAAAGUGAUGCAGGUUAUGUCAGUGAGGCCCAGAGGGGGCAGGAACAGCAAAAAAGUCCUCUGGCCAUGAAGACGAAUGGUGUGACACCCUGCGUACAAAACUUUUGCUCCUCCGUUGACGCCAAGCUGAAAGCACGGCUUGAUGACCUCCAGCAUUACCUUCCGUCCCAGGAUGCAGGCUCUGACUCCAUCCCCGUGAAAAUCCCAUCAUCAGCUUGUACCGAUGGCUCGUCAGCGUCCACUUUGAACCGCUUCACAGACUCGCCGGCAGUGGAGGAGGCUUUACGGGACAGCUGCAUGGCUUGCGUUCGCCACAUUAUCUCCGCCGUCCGUUCAGAACUGGCCACAACCUCGCCAGAUCCCAGUCUGGCCGGCAUGGGUUCUGUCCUUUUCAUGGCGAGGCUGUGUCACUCCAUGGGGGAACUGUGUCCCAAUCUGAAACAAUGCAUUUUGGGACAACAGAGUGGCUGCGAGGCCACGGACAAAGUGACCCCGAGGCAGAGCAAGAAGUUAGGCAAAGCAAAGGCGGCUACGCAAGUCAGCGCUGCUCAGGCAAAAUGGGCAGAGCUAAAAGAAGAGCUUCUCAACUGCAGCAUGGAGGCCUACCGCAUAUGGAGCUCCACUGCCUCAAAAAGGCUGAUGGAGGAGUUUGGAACAGCUCUUCUCGCAGAUUCUGCUGGUGCCAUCUUGGAAAACGCAACAAACUGGGAAGAUCUGGAGAUCCAAGAAGAGGCCGAGUCGGGGAGCAGCGUUACAUCCAAGAUUCGUCUUCCGGUUCAGCCAUCUUUGCACGUCCAUUCGCUACUCUUCCAGCUGUGUGUUGAGGUGAACAAGGUGGGUGGCCAUACAGUGCCAGAAGCUACCAUGCGGGAACUUCUGCAGGCCUGUUUGGAUCAUACUUUGCAGCACUACCAGACACUCACACAGCGGGUACCAAGGGAAGAUGCUUUUCCAAUGACUCAGAACCGAGCAUUGCAGCUGAUGUUUGAUCUUCGUUAUCUGAACACCACUUUGUCUGCCCAACUAGAGGAAGGAAAGAGCUGCAAACCCCAUCAAGACCCUAGGAUGCAAGAAGUCUGUGAUUGGCUGGAGAGUCACAUUGACCCAUUUGACCUAGAUGUUUUCACACCGCCGCUGAAUGCAAACCUCAAUCGUUUGUCCCAAAGAACAUCGGUGCUGUACGGACUUGUGACUGGCUCAGAGAAGUCAUUUACCCCACAGAGCAGCAGCGUCAACUCUCAGGAGCCUUACAACAUCCUUCCAAUGUCCAACACUCAAAUCAGGUUUGGGUUGUUGCCUAUCAGCAUGUCUGAUACGCGCAAAUCAAAGUCUGCAUCCAAAAAUUCCAGGUCCCCACACCAAAUGACAUUUUGAGUGGGAGACAGCCAGGCAAGUUCAUCAGUGUGCCUUGAAAUCCUACUGCAUCGUCCUCAGCAGGCAGCCUCUUCCGACAGAUGGCAGAAGAAGAAGACACAAGCUCGCAAUCUUUAUUUAAACUCACGUGGCUGUCUGGCAUGACCAAAUAACAUCUUGCUGUAUAACUUUUUUUCCUGACCAUAGACUUCAUAAUAUAUUGACGGGACACGGGGUGCGGGGCCGAUACAUAGGGGGCCUAUUUAAAAAAAAAAAAAAAAUUUAAAAUCAAAUAUUUUGAAAACAAAGCUGCUACCAACCUAAAACCAAAAUCGUCAUCUACCUUAGGUAUAUAUGAGUCUCCAUUAGCAGCGGCAUCAAAAAGUUUUUCCCUUCCUUUUACCCCCUCUCGAGCUUCAUGGCAAUCUCAAUGUUCUCCUGCUUGGCCUGGACCUUCCUGGCCAGGUAGCUGUCGUUCGUCGGCGGGUCCAGCUGAUCGCCGGCCAGCUCACUGGCAAGCUCGGCCAAGAUCUCAUCCUAUUUCUCCACUAACUUGGCGCGGUCCCCGGGGAAGAACCCGACGAGCUUUAGCAAGUGCAGGCGCUGGGCCGGCCUAUUUCUGACUAUGAAGUUCUUCACGCUGGUCCAGUAAUCUUGCAGCUCCUUCCCCAUGGUGGUUAAAAGCCAAAAAAAAAAAAAAAAAAUGGGCAGUUAUCAUUCAUUUUACGUAAAUAUUUCAAACUAGAAAAACAAAGAGCUUUUUAGGUUGACAAAUCUUGUGAAUAAAUGCUUAAAUCCCAGAUUUUUUUAAUAGAUAUUAACAUAAACCAGUCUAGCUUAAAGAAGAGAGCUAAUUCGGAUUGGGAUCUUUCUAUGGGUGCGAGGGAUAAAGCCAGUGACGCUAUGAUGUUGUGAAUCCGAUCAGAGAUUCAAAUAGACUGUUAAGGAUUUAUUUUUGGAUUAAGAGAAUGAUGAGGAUGGGUGUGUGUGGUUUUCUGCAAUACAGUAUAACCAUACACAACAUGUCAGUUAUAUAAUACACGCAUAUGCGGCAUGGAAAAUGAAUGAAGGAAUGAAUAUCCUGUUUGACCAUAUCUACCUAAAUUCACAUGAUCAACACAUAAUGCAUAUAAUGCUCAUCAUGGACAAUAAUCAGCAAACACAUUAGGCAGGAAAUUAGAAUAACAACCUACAUUGACAAGUGAAUUGGAAACCGAAACAAGUUUCCAACGAUUAGCGUUAGCAAUUAGCACAGGGCAGCUAGCGGUUAGCUUGCAGCAGCUAGAGGGCAACGGAUUAUUAGCUGAGGAACUGUCAUCAACCAAACGGGUUUAUACAUUGUUAAGGCACACUUCAACACUAUACUUACUUCUCUCAUUUACACACAACUUUCGGAUAGUAAGUAAACACGACUGUAGCUUGGGGAACGAACUACACUGCUGUGAAGGGAGGAGAGAGUUAACUCUAGCGUAAGCCUGAACGAUAUAUCGUUUAAACAUCGCCAUCGCAAUGUGUGCGUGCGCGAUAGUCCCAUCGCAAGGACGUGCGAUAGUUUUUAUUUUUUUUUAUCCACAUAGGCCCUGAUUUCUGCUCUGCGCAGAGCCUCACACGCUCUUUGAACCUCACAGUCACUGCAGCACUUUCUUAUUAAAGUUAACAAUGCUGGUAUCUUUGAUCUUGCCAAAGAAGCGGACAUCACACGGCAGCAGCUGUCAAUCAUCGUUUAACUUGUUAAACACUUUCUGCAAGGAAGUCACUUUGGAAUGAAUGUGUGUGUGUGUGGAGACGUUUGAGCAUAUAAAUUAAAUGCCAGAAGUGAUCAUGAGGAGUUUGUAAUUUCUACAUGUCCACCAAGCGUCACAGCUAAGGUAGAUAAAAAGAAGUAUUUAAUAAAGCCAAGCAUUUUUCUACUACAGUACUUUAUACUUGUUAAAAAAUGAUUUGGUUGGACAGUUAUGUUUAAAACUGAUCAUAAUUAUUACAUUUCAAGUGCUGAAAACCAUUUAUUAAUAUACAUAUAUAUAUAUUUUUUUAAUCUUACUUUGGGGAAAAAGUGAGGAAAAAAACAUGCCAUAUAUGUAUCUCUUUCCAAUGCUAAAUCUGAAUAAAUACAUUGAGCACACACACAAAAAAAUAAAAAUUUGGGGGGCGGGUUGCGCAACUUCGCGGUUUUUCACUUAUCGCGGCGGGUUCUGGUCCCCAUUAACCGUGAAAAACGAGGGAUCACUGUACACUGGUCAUUGUGAGUCAUCCAAAGUCUUUCCAAACAGCUAUUCAAGUGAAAAUUGAAUAUGAAUAUGCAAUAUAAUAUCGCAAACCCCCAAAAAAUCGCAGCAAUAGUUUUUUCCAAUAUCGUUCAGGCCUACUCUAGCGGGCUUCACUCUUAAAGGGCCAGCAUCACAACAAUUAAACUAAAGUACACACACAUACACACACAUAAAGGGCUUUCCAACAAGAUUCUGGCUAAAAGCAAAAAAAUGGGCAGUUAUCAUUCAUUUUACGUAAAUAUUUCGAAGUAGAGCCCUAGUGAGAAAUCCAAUAUGGCGGCCGUAGUAAUUUUUCCCAUUCACGUUUCAAAAUGCAUGCAUGGUGCGAAAAAUGUAAUAAUUGCCUUGAAGCCUCGUCCAAAUCACUCUUGAGACAUUCGUACCUGCUUGUAGGCUCAAGUUUCGUCCUGUUUCAAUCUAAAUCCGGCGUUAGAAUGCAGAGUGUGAGAAUUGCUCUCCCUGCCAGGGGCCUGGGGCAGUGUGGGGUGGGCCUGAAGGCGUGGCGCAGGGUCUGCUGGAAGUGUCAUGUCAAUAUAUUAUGAAGUCUUAUGUUCUGACUCUGUAAUCUCUCUUUCAAUAACAACAAAAAAUAACAAGUUUAUUAAAUACAAUCAUUUCUAUGGGACAAAAGUGUACAUAUUUUUAUUUUGCUUGUUCAUAAGAUAAAUGACUUUUUUCAAAUAUUUGCACCAAAAAAUGGGAGGAAGAGACAACCUAUGCUGCCAACACUUGUCGCACAACGUAUUUGAUAUUGCCUCAUGGUUUCCAGCAUGCAAUGCAGGACUAAUGAUUUGAAUUAAGGUCAAAGUUCAUGUUCUGUGCUACUUAUUCUGUUACUGUUCCAGAUAUUUCAUUAAUUACUAGUUUCGUUUAUGAAAUAAUUAAGGUUUCGUUUUGAAACUGAGUUUCAAUUACCAAUGAUUUUAAUGGUACCACAGAUACAAAGUCAUGUAGUUCCUAAAGAUAAAUGUUAGUGUAAAAUAAUUUGACAUUAAAACCCCUCUUAAUGUUUUCGUUCUAAUAAAAUUUGUAAAAUUUGUUUAACUAGUAGGUCGACAUUGUUGUUGACAAUGCAAUGCACUCUGGGCUGUGACGUCAUUGGGCGGGGCUGCCGGGCUUCUAGAAUGUCACUCUUUAGCAACAUAAACAUGUAAUCUUUUCAGCCCUUUCAAUUUAAAACGGAGUGGAAAGUUAUUGAGCAGGACAGCCCUGUUGAUAUUUCACAAAACGAGCAGCAAAAGCAAAAUGAACAGGAAAGACUGGAUGAGAUGAGAGUAGGACAAACCGGUAAUGUUCAUGUGUCAAGUUCGCUCGUGACAGCACUCUCCUGCUAGUGACAGAGCAGGGGAGUGUUAAAUGUCAAAAAGUGUUUACAGAUCUUCACGAUAAACUAUUGUGUGAUCAAACUUAUUCCAAUAUGAUUAUGGAGAUCGUUAGCUGUCGUGUGCUUUACAUAUGGUUAGGGUAUACAGUGAAAAACAGCAGUUUGAUAAAUUUUGCAGCAAGCCUAUGCAUUACAGCACACGAAAAUGCAGUUUGCCUCUACCGAGACGUCUAAUGGGCUCCGCCUCAGUUACCGAGAAAAUGCUGCCUUACAUUAUUUUGUCACGUAAAUGCGCUGUCCAGAUUGAUGAUCGUCCUGCCGGAGUUCUCAGAUUUUGCGUCCUUUUCAGAUAUUGCUCCCUACGUUUUCGUGGCGGUGAAUAAGCGACGCAGUAAACGAAUGAUUACAUGUAUAAAACUUAGUUUGAUUGCUGGCUGUUCGUAUCAUUUUCAACAGAUAAUAAUGACACCUUAUUAUGGAAAUUGAGAUAUAACGGGACUGCUGUCUACUUUAUUUGUACUUAAUGCACGUGAGACAAAUUGUGAGCAAAUGUGAUUUUCUUUUUAUUCAAUUCCACACUGGCGCUGCAUUAAGGGAGCGUUCAAGACCACACGAUUUAGCAACAUUAACGAACACCACAAGGACUUUUAAAUUUUUUUCUACAUCGAUAGAAUGUGUAUUGUUUAUCAAUUAGCUGCAAUCGGUAACUGACAGCAGGUCGGGAUCAAUUAAAAAAAAAAAAAAACGGGAAAAACGCAAUGACAGGCUCCAAAAGCAGGGCAAAAACAAAUAAUGCACUCAAAUACCUGCACAAGGUAGAGGAUUCCAAAACCAAGACAAUGAUGCAACGAGCAACAAAGGGAUCCAGAAUACAAACUUUCAAAUGGCAGCAAGUCAAUAUCCCGGCAAUACGCCUUGGAUCGGUUUAAAGACACUGCUGAUGAGCUGGCAUUGGAUGCAGGUACGACGUCGGAAACUUAUCCCACAGCUUUGUGCCCCUAAAAUGACCAGCAGAAUGUGACAAAAUCAUGCCAGUCGUCAUUCUAGCUUUGCUGGUAUAGAGCACAGCUAUUCCCCACUCCCAGCACAGCCCAACCCCGUCAUCACCCCAAGCGUGCAUUGCACAUGUAAAACAUGGCACCCUCUGUAGGUAAAAACAUACUAUAUAUUACAGAUUUUUAAAUCAAUGGCAAUAUUUUGUGUUUCUAAUACCAUAUUUUAGUAAAAGAGAACGAUUGGGGUUUAUUAGAGCCUACAAGUCUUUAAGUCCAUUGUUCCUUUUAAAUUCCGCCUACCUAUCCCACUUUGUACUUGGCCGACCUUCUUUGGCCCUGGCACGGACCGCUGGGGGUGUCACCCCCUCCAGGUGGGAAUCCUCUCCUGCAGCGGUGCUGUAAAUCA